UAAUCAAAAAUGUGUCAUUGUAACGUAAUGUAUUAGUAAGUACCAGCUAAUAUUGUUCAAUAGAUAACACACAGCACAUAGUUUAACACAUUUUUGUCGUGAUGGUUUUGUCAGCAAAUACAAAUCUGGACGAAAGCGUCAGUCAAGAGUCCAAUCAAAGCAGAUUUUUGGACGAAGAUUUCUUAAAAGUUAUUGGACCUUUUUUAAAAAUCCAGAAAUUGUUAGGUUUAAGUCGAGUAGAUAUCAAAGAUGGAUCAGUCACUCCGCCCACAAUAUUUCACAAAUGCUAUACAAUGGUGUGGUUAAUUAUGAUGACAAUUUCUAUUUUGCAACUAAUUAUAUCAUACAAGGCCAGGUUUUCUGACAAUCGCAAAAUGUUCUAUAUGUUUACCAUGGCAUUUUUGUCAAUUGAAGUAAUAUUUGCCGGAUUUUUAAUUUACGCACGAUUCUGCGAUAAUCAAGGUAAUAUAAAUUUGUACCUUCAGAUGCAGAAAAUAGAUCGUAUUAUGGGAAAGAAUAGACCUAUCAAUGUCAUGCUUCAAAAACGAAAUCGAAUAACUGCUUACUCUUUGGCUUUAUUUUUUGCUCUCGUCUUUUUAGCCUCAUAUAUAUUAGCCAAAGAUGAAUUUGGAAUUUUGGAACUUGUUGGAGCAACGUAUACUCUAGAAAUUGUAGCAGUGGAGUUGUUUUGCUCUUUAAGUCACAUGCGUUUUUUCUACACUAGGGUGUGUCAGUUAAAUUCUCAAAUCAACAUACAUACCAGAGAAACAAAAUGUGAUAUUGCAAUUUUGAGUAAUGUAUUUGAAACAGCCAAUCGACUUAUAAUGUCGACAGAAUGGCAGCAAUGUGACCCAACAGACAUUUAUCUAAAAGAGAUAUUCACGGGUUUUAUGUUAUUUAAGGAGCUAUAUAGUUUCCAGGCUGUUGAAACACUUUUUCAGAUGCUGUUAUUUUGUGCAUUUUUCGUGUUUUGGAUUUUAUUUACUUUUGAACACGGCAUUAUCUCGUUGCAAUCAGAGGAAACUGACAAGAGUAUGCUACUACUUGAUUUCAUUAAUCUUCUAGCACUGGCAUUGAUAUACAUGCUUCUACUUCUGUGGCUGAGUUCUGGAACCGAGGCUUUUAUGCGUGAAGUUCGGAAAACAAAACAUCUCUCUAUAUUGAUGAUGUGCCGCUACGCCGACGGCCCCUUAAGGACGACAGCUAAGAACAUGUUGAAGCUGAUAGAAGAGACGCCUCCGGACUUCUCGGUGUACGGCAUGUGGAGCAUGGACGCGCAACUCAUCAUUGAUAUUUUCAACCUGAUCACUAAUUUCAUAUUGACCAUCUUACAAUUCACGUUUUUGUGA